AUGCAGUUUUCACCAUCAUCUCCCCCUUCGCAGGGGAGAGGAGAAUCCUCCGAUUCUUGUCGUCCCUUCAAUGCCGCCUACUUCCUUCAGCACAGAAAUCACGCGAACGGGGGAAGCAAUCGGCUGCCCGGGCAGCCUGAGCAGCAACUUCCCCCCUUGUGUCUGUACAGCAGCGAAGACGUAGCUCUCCAAGCAACCACAGAUGAUGCGGCAAGUAGCAAAUUGAGUGCAGUCCUUCUGCAUUAUUACCGAGAUGACGUUCUCCCCUUUUUCGUUAAGAAGAAGACGCGACGAGCGCCUCUUAUUAACAGAGGUUACUACUCCCGCGUGGCGGCGGUUCGCCAGAUCCUCGCAGCCUUCGUCGCGGACGUCUGUGCGCAGAGCCGCGCGUCUGGCGACUGCCGUCCUGCUGAGGGGCACGUGCACACUGCUGCGGCGGAGAUUGAGCGUUGGGCUGCUGGCGAUGACAGAGAUCCUCGCCCUGCUGAAUGGCCGAUUGAUAAUCCCCCUGUCCAGUUCGUCAACUUUGGUGCCGGCAUGGACACGCUCUACUACUGGCUAGCUGAACGGUACAGGAACAUCAAGGUGUUCGAGGUGGACUUCAAGGACGUCGUCGCUGUCAAGAGUAGCAUCAUCCGCCAGAACCAAGAGCUCUGGAGCAAGGUCACCCGGUCGGCAGACGAGAGCCAAGGGAACGCUGAAGAAGGCGAUGGCGUCAACACCCCGACAUACACUCUGAUUGGAGCAGAUCUCCGCGACGUCCAAGGCCUCGCUGCCGCUCUGCAACAACGAGGAUUCCGGGACGACCUCCCGACGUUCUUCCUCAGCGAAUGCGUGCUGGUGUACAUGCAGACUCCAGAAGCCGACGCGGUCCUGCGGUGGGCUGCCAAGGCUGUGAAAUAUGCUCCAAGUGCCGUCGCCGUGUACGAGCAGUUGAACCCGACCGACGCAUUUGGCCGCACGAUGGUGCAGAAUCUCCAGACUCGCGGCUGUCCUCUCAUGACCAUCUUUGACUACCCCACGCUGCAAUCGCAGAAGCAGAGGUACCUGAAUUUGGGCUGGAGCGCGAGCUCCGUGGUAGACAUGAAUACGAUCUACGACAAGUUCUUGCCUGUGCAAGAGAAACAGCGCGUGCAGCGGCUGGAGCUAUUUGAUGAACUCGAAGAGUGGCGUCUCAUUCAGGCACACUAUUCGAUCGCAGUCGCGGUCAGCGACCCAGAAGUGACGGGAGACGAACGGCGAGCCGGCCCUCAGCUGAUGACGCUGCCGCACAUGAAGAGCAUCUACGAUGGUCUGGCGUGA